AUGAGUAUUGCUGUGAAGACCACACUUAAAAUAAUUGUAAACAUGGAGAUCAUCAUUGGAUAUAUAGGAAAUGGUUUUAUAGCACUGGUGAACUUCAUGCUCUGGGUCAAGAGAAGAAAGAUCUCUUUGUUUGAUCAAGUUCUCACUGCUUUGGCAACCUGCAGAAUUCUUUUGCUCUGUUCUUUGGUCAUGCCUUUGUUGAUACCUGUACAAUUCUCAGAGAUUUUGCUAGCCAUAAAAACUGUAAGAAUAUCUAACAUUAUCUGGAUAAUAACCAAUCAUUUUAACCUUUGGAUAUCUACAAUCCUCAGCAUCUUUUAUUUUCUCAAAAUAGCUAAUUUUUCUCACUCCAUUUUUCUUUAUCUAAAAUGGAGACUUAAAAAGGUACUGUCAUGUACACUUUUGAUGUCUCUAUUCUUUUUGUUUUUAAAUAUUGUACUGUUAAACAUAUGCAUUGAUGUCUGGUAUGAUGGAUCUAUAAUAAAUAUAUCUUACAUUUCAAAUCGAAGAAACUUUACACAGCUUUACAAAUCUCUUAUGUUCACCAACUCUAUGUUCAUGUUCAUACCCUUUACUGUGUCCCUGACAUCUUUUCUCCUGCUCAUAUUCUCCCUGGGGAAGCAUCUGAAGAGGAUGCAGCACAAUGCCAGAGGGUCCAGAGAUGUCAGCACCAUGGCCCACAUAAAGGCCUUGCAAACUGGAGUCACCUUUCUACUGCUGUAUAUUAUUUUUUUAUUUUCUGUUUCUGUACAAGUUUUGAGCCUUGAAUUGGUUGAUGAUAAUCUGAUCACUUUAUGGGAUAGGGUUAUUGCAAUUGCUUUUCCUUCAGGCCAUUCAUGUGUCCUGAUUCUGGGAAACAAUAAAUUGAAACAGGCCUCUGCUUUGGUAUGGAGGUGGCUGAGGUGCAAGUUCAAAGAUACAGAAACAAAGGAUCCCUAA